AUGGUUUUGUCUGCUGUGAAACUGCAUCCCAGCUGGUCUCAGAUAUUCACUGGUGAGAAAAUCAGCCUCAGGUGUGAGAUUGAGGGAGGUGAAGGAAAGGUGUGGAAAUAUGAAUGGAGCGCACCCAACAUAAUCAGCCCACCAACAUCCAGUGAAUACAGGAUCAGCAGAGUUUCAGGGUCCCACAGAGGAGCCUACAGCUGUCGGGGUAGCAGUGACUAUCUCUUUACAGGAUGGAGUGAUGCCUUCACUCUGACAGUUUCAGUUUUGUCUGCUGUGAAACUGCAUCCCAGCUGGUCUCAGAUAUUCAGCGGUGAGAAAAUCAGCCUCAGAUGUGAGAUUGAAGAAGGUGAAGGAAAGGUGUGGAAAUAUGAAUGGAGAGCACCCAACACAAACAGCCCUCCAGCAUCCAGUGAAUACAGGAUCAGCAGAGUUUCAGGGUCCCACAGAGGAGCCUACAGCUGUCGGGGUAGCAGUGACUAUCUCUUUACAGGAUGGAGUGAUGCCUUCACUCUGACAGUUUCAGGUAAACCCAGAGCCACACUGACAGCACAAAGGUCAAAGGUCAUACCAGCAGGGGGCAGCGUGACACUGAGCUGCUCUGUGGAGGGCUCUGCUGGCUGGAAGUUUGACUGGUUCAGACGUGAUUCAGUCUCUUCUGAAGCUCAGCUCAUGAGAGGAAAUGAAGCAAACAGAGAUAUUAGAGUCUCACAAGGAGGUCUGUACCACUGCAGAGGACGGAGAGGAGAUCCAGCUUUCUUCUCUGAGGACAGCAAUGAAGUCACUGUGGAGGAAACUGGUCCCAUUAAGCCCACUGUGAUCCUGCAGCCAUCCUGGACUCAGAUAUUCAGCGGUGAGACAGUCACUGUCAGAUGUGAGAUUCAGGGAGGAACUCAGUGGACGUAUGAAUGGAGUCCAGCCAAGUUAAACACACCUCCAACAUCCAAUGAACACAGAAUCAGCAGAGCUGCUGAGUCUGACAGUGGAGGAUACAGAUGCAGGGGCAGAAGGGACUAUUUGAUAACAUGGUGGAGUGAUACCAUCACACUGACUGUAUCAUCACGUAAACCCAGAGCCACACUGAGACCACAACGCUCAAUCAUACCAGCAGGGGGCAGCGUGACACUGAGCUGCUCUGUGGAGGGCUCUGCUGGCUGGAAGUUUGACUGGUUCAGACGUGAUUCAGUCUCUCCUGAAGCUCAGCUCAUGAGAGGAAAUGAAGCAAACAGAGAUAUUAGAGUCUCACAAGGAGGUCUGUACCACUGCAGAGGACGGAGAGGAGAUCCAGCUUUCUUCUCUGAGGACAGCAAUGAAGUCACUGUGGAGGAAACUGCCAUCCUGGACUCAGAUAUUCAGCGGUGA